AUGACUCUAAGCCUCCAACGAUCCUUUCAACAUGAGUCAUCUCUGGAUAAUCUCACCUUUGGAAAUCUUGAGUUUAACCCAACCCAUGGCUCCACUGUCAAGAAGGAAGAGGUCUCUGUGUUCUCCAGCAGUCAGCUCGAGUUUCCUCAACACAGCAGCAACUUGGGUGCAAGGCAGGAGCUGCAAAGACUUAUCCGUUUUUUUCAUUCAUGGCUGCAACCAGAAAAACACAGCAAGGAGGAAAUUAUCUCCCAGCUGGUUCUGGAGCAGUUCAUUAUUAGUGGAUACUGCAAAGACAAGACUGACUUGAAAGAGAAAUGGGAGUCCAGUGGCAGAAGCCUAGAGAAACUACUGGAAGUGCUGACAGAUGACUGUGUGAAGACACCUGACUUGGUCCGUGUCCACAUGCAGGGCCGAGAAGCCCUUUUCUCUGAGCACAUGCCCUUAAGAGAAGUCAUCGUUCAUUUCAAACAGAUGUUAGCAGAAACCCCAACAGGAGGGGCUGCAGGGAUGUUCUCUGGGACUGCCUCAGACCCAGCCUUGGGAGCAGAAGAAUUCCUGAAGAGACCAAAUGAUCAGGAUGGCCCUUCGGAGGGGCAACUAGAGUUUUUCUCCAUGUCAGUCAGGUCCUUCCCUGAGCUCAACCCUACUCACCAGAGCAAUGACAAACACCAAGGAAGAUCCUCCCAAGUUCAGAAAGUGUAUGAGUGUAAGGAAUGUUCCAAAACCUUCGCAUAUCUCUCUCGCUUUCUGGCCCACCAAAAAAGGCACAGGAACGAGAGGCCAUUUCUCUGCACCGAGUGUCACAAAGAUCAGACCUCAGACCUAGGAGUGCAUCAGAUAAUUCACACAACAAAGAAGCCGUUUGUGUGCAGCAGAUGUGAAAAGUCCUUCAGCCACAGCACCAACCUGCAGGCUCAUGAACGGAUCCACACUGGGGAGAAGCCCUACACCUGCUCCCUUUGCCAGAGAAGUUACCGCCAGUCAUCCACAUACCAUCGCCACCUGAGGAUUCACCAAACACAUCGGACACACAAGUGUUUCACCACCAAAAAAAGCAGACUCAAAAAUCUUCCUCCCUGGACCAUGGGGGCGGGGCUCAGAACAAUAAUCUCAGAUACUCAAUAG